AUGGAUGAAGUGACUUCAGUUGUGGAUCACAAUGACGUGCAACAGCUGCAGGCAGCACUCAGCCAGCAGCCCAGCCUGGCAACAGCCAGCAACGACGGCGGCUACACACUGCUGCACAGGGCAGCAAGUAUGGGCAGCACAGAGUGCCUGCAAGUCUUGCUGGCGGCUGGCGCCAGCACCGAGGCGACCAGCACUGAGGGGGGUGCCACAGCUCUCUUCUGGGCGGCGCUGGACGGCCAUGAGGCCUGCGUGCGGGAGCUGGUGGCGGCGGGGGCAAACACCGAAGCGGCUACCAGCGAUGGGAAGAGGCCGCUGCAAAUUGCCGCCCUGGGAGGCCACCUGGGCUGCCUGCAGCAGCUGCUGGCGGCAGGCGCCAGCCUUGCCCUUGUGGAUGAUGAUGGGGCAACGCCAUUAAUGCUGGCAGCUUGCAAGGGCCACGAGGCCUCCGACGACAGCGAAAUGACAGCCCUGCACAAAGCAGCUGCAGGCGGCCACCUGCCAGCCAUUCGCUGCCUGGUUGCGGCAGGGGCGAGCAUGGCGCUGCGCGACAAGAAAGGCCUCACCCCUCGCAUGCAUGCAAUUAGGAAGAGGAAGCUGGAAGCAGCGCAGCUGCUGCUGGAGCUGGAGCAGCAGCAGGCAGGAAGGCGGCAGCCGGGUGUGCCCGGCAGCAGGGCCUCACUCUGGAAGCAGGCUGAAGCCCCAGGGACUGCUCCAGCCUUCACACCUGCUGCUGAAGCUGCAGCACAGGCUGCUGCUGCCCAGCUGCUGGCAGAGGAGGAGCGCGAGGAGGAGCAGCAGGCGGCCAAGGCCGCCAAGCUUCAGCGACAAAAGGAGCGCCAGCGCCAGCGGGCUGCUGUGCCGGCGGAAGAGGCGGGCGAGAUUGCUGCACCCCAGGCAGCGGUAUCAGAGCCGCCUUCUCAGCAGGCAGAAGGCGCAUCAGUGGCAGCUGCUGGCACGUCCAAUGCAAGCCUGGAGCUGGCACAGCAGCUCACCUCCACUGCCUGCCCAGCUAUGCCCGCCACGCCUGCUGCUGCCGCUAGCAGGCAGCAGGGCAGCGGCAAGAAGAGGAGCAAGAAGAAGAAGAACAAGGGAGGAGGGCAGGCGGUGGCAGCCCAACCAUACGCACAGGCAGCCGCUGGAAGCGCUGGUGCAAAGCCCAGUGGGGGAGCUGAAGGGGCACCAGCAGAAGGAGCGGCGGCGAUAGCCGGAGGCAGCAGCAAUGCCGACGAGGACGAGCUGGCGCUGCUGCUGCAGCAGCUGGGAGAGCCGAUGCGUGACCCAGUGGUGGCGGCGGAUGGGCGCACCUACGAGAGAGCCGCCAUCGAGGCCUGGAUGGCACGCCAGGCAGCGGCGGGCCAGCCGCCGUGCUCCCCACUGACCAACCUGCCGCUGGAAAACCUGGUGCUGCAUCCGAGCGUGACCGUGCGCAGCGUGGUGCUGGGGCUGCAAGCUGCGGGGCUGCUGGGGUGA